AGUGUUUCACCAAAACUGUCAGAGGACUGUUAUUGUGAUUUGAUCAAAAAAAAACAUCCAAAACUAAAAAGUGCUACACUGUCUCGUCAAUUUUAAAAUGUUGGCAGAAUAAUCAAUUGUUCAAUCGUCUUAGUGUUAUUCAUUAAAGGACCAAUGCCAAGGACCAAUAAUAACUGUGCUCCCUAAAAAACGUUUUUCAAUCUUGGUUCACCUGUAAUCUGAAUAAAUGCAGUUUUUGUCAAUCACUGAAUCGUUGUAAAAGAGCUUGCCGGUCAAAUCAGACUUUUCGUACCAUCGAUGGCAUUUUAUUACGAUAAGCUACCUAAACUGACACUGUUCAUCGUUUACACAGCAUUUUCCGUGUUUUUAUUUUGCAAAGUUUUUGCAACAUCAAAUCUUGUUAUCGAUGAAGAAUUUCACCUGCGUCAAGGAUUGAAUUACUGCAAUGGUGACUUUACAGUGUGGGACCCAAAAAUUACGACCCUUCCGGGUCUAUAUAUCGUAUCAACGCUUCUAUUUCUUCCGUUUAAUUUGUGUAAUGCGUUUACGUUGCGGCUAACAUCGCUUUUAGCGUCUAUCAUAAAUGUCUGGUUCAUUUACAAAAUUCGAAAAUUGGUAACCGUAAAGGCGAAAAACAAAGACUGGAAAUUAGCUUUCGAGACCUUUAUCAUAUCGACACUUCCUCCGAUGUACUUUUUUGCUCACUUGUAUUACACUGACAUCAUAUCGAUAACAGCCGUAUUGGGCUUGGUGCUGUUCAAUAUGCGAAAUGAACAUAACAUAGCCGCUCUGUUUGGAUUGGCUAGUGUACUCAUGCGACAAACAAAUAUUGUCUGGGUCGGCAUGGCAUUCGGGAUGACGGUAAUAGACAAAUUUUGCAUUCAAACAUUGCCGUUCAUUAAAGAUGCCGACAAAACAGGCAAAAUCGACCAUCUGUAUACACUCCAGGAUAUCAUUGCCGUGGCUGGAUUUUAUUUGAAGAGAUUUUAUUUGAUUCCGAAACAGCUCAAAUUGCUGGCAUUUUACUUAGUCGGAUAUUUGCUGGUGAUUCUGGCAUUCAUUGGGUUCGUCCUGUGGAAUGGGUCGAUUGUUGUCGGUGACAAGACCGCUCAUACAGCUGCAUUGCAUUUGCCACAGAUUUUAUACUUCAGUCUGUUCACAUUGGUCUUCGGAAUAUCGAUGGUUCUAACCCACCUCGAACGAACGAUCAAAUGGGCAUGCAAAAAAUGGUACAUCGUAGCAAUAGGAACCGUAGCAAUGGCCAUUAUCGUGAACUUCAACACAAUCGUGCAUCCCUAUUUACUAGCCGACAAUCGACAUUACACAUUCUACGUGUGGAAUAAAUUCUACGGUAAAUACGCGUUCGCCCGAUAUGCCAUUAUACCGGUAUAUGCAUUGGCUCUAAUAUCACUGUACCAUGCCAUUAACAACAAAUCGGCCGGAUUCAAAUUGAUCUUCAGCAUUUGUGCAGUUGCGGCCAUUGCAUUCCAACAAUUGGUUGAAGUGCGCUACUUUAUCAUUCCAUUUCUGUUGAUCCGACUGAAUACGAGUCAAAUAAAAUGCAAAAAUUUAGUCGUCGAGUUUUUCAGUUACACGCUCAUCAAUGCAUUCGUUUUUCUGACAUUUUUCCGCAAGGAAAUCUAUUGGAGUGACUUUGGGGAAGUUCAACGAUUGAUUUGGUAAAGUGAAAAAAAUGUGAAAUUUACUUUCGAAUGAUGUGUGGCAUUUAUUUUGUGUUUUGUUGUUUUGAAAAUCUUUCAAUAAAAAUUUUUGUUACCAUAAAUU